CACACGAUGCGACCCUCCCUCUGGUUUGCGCUGCUCGGCGCCUGCACCACCGCGUCCGCCGCCCCCCGUCGCCGCCUCGCGCGACGGGACUCCUACCUCGGUUGGUACAUCCAGGCCGACACGCCGACGUCGACAACGUCCGGCGAGACCUUCCAAGUGCAGUCCAAUGGGAAGUGGUACGACAUCGCCUCAAACCAGCUGGGCAUCGAGCUCGAGGGCGACGGACCCUCGCUCGCGUAUCGGCUGAAGGGCUACAAUCACUCUGACGUCCUCCUUUCGGUGAACACCUCGGCUGCCCCGCUUGUGUGGUUCAGCGAUGCUCCUGAGGUCGACGUCGACGUUUACGCCAACAUCCACACAACCUACAACGCGAGCGUGACGUCCGAGAACGCCGGGAAGACCAAGACCAUCCCCGUCACGGGGCAAUCGUUCAGCGUUACCAACGUCGAGUGCGACGACAGCAUCAACAUCACCGGUAUCGUCACGUACGCGAACGGGACCUCGGUCACGUCGGACGCUGUCGACAACUGGGGCACGGGCGUCUCCGAUUCCGUCACCACCAUCAAGAUCGUGGCGAACGGGCCCGCGGUCGGCGACGAGUCUUACAACAACAGCGUGAUCAACUUCACGUUUAACGGCAGCGGGCUGUACACCGCUGAGUACGGAGAAGGACCCGGUCUGCCCACAGUCACCGCAACCCAUGACAUCGAGGUGCAGUUCUGCCCUGACUGAGAGUACGCAAGCCAAGGGUCUGUCAGUUCGGGGCAUGCGGAACACCCUUAGGUCUUGCGGCCAAUUGAUCAAAGAGGGGCUGGUCGAGACUGGGACUUGUGAGAAGACAAGGGGGUGGUUCCUUGAUCGUCUGUGCUGUAGUUUACAACAUACGGGGUGCGACCCUGACCGAGGCGCAUGGCAUCCGGCGGUGUUGGUACUCAUCCAUGCCAAUCGAUCUGAGGCUUCCCAGCG